UAACCACCACAAACGCCCACCUCUAACGCCCACCUCAUGCUCUAGUCACCACUUCUCCACCAGGUGCAAUCACCUCCGAAUCUGAUCCGCCUAAAUCCAGGAAAUUUCCACCAACAACCCGAAGAUGAUAACCUCCGGGCUCACCAACGCCCCCAUCUCCAAAUCCUUCCUCAUCUACACCAUCGCCUCCUCGGUGGCCCUCGCCAUCUUCGACCUGAAGCACCUGACCCAUAUCCAGGUCGUGCCGCACAUCUGGCAAUAUGGACAGUUCUGGCGCAUGCUAGUGUGGCAGGAAGCCGGGUUCGCCAAUUCCACCGAGGCGCUGUUCGCCGCAAUGCUAGUGUAUCAUCUACGGGUUGUAGAGCGCGCGUGGGGAACGAGGAAAUUCGCCACAUUCCUCUUAACAACACUCCCCUACACGACCCUCCUCCCACCCCUCCUCCUCAUCCUCGUCGUCCGACCCCUCACCCUAGGAAAACUGAACUACCUCCCCUCCGGGCCCGUGGCCACUCUCUUCGCCCUAUUGGCGCAAUACCACGCCUCCAUCCCCCAUACCUUCCGCUACCGGAUUUCUACAUCCUCCGCUUCUCCGUCGUCGUCUACGAAAGACCAGCCCCAACAGACGGGUAAAUUCCUGACCCUCUCGCUAUCGGAUAAAUCGACCACGUAUCUGGUCGCUGCGCAGCUGGCUCUGUCUCAGUUCCCGGCUAUGGUGCUUCCCGCUGCCGUGGGAUGGCUGGUUGGGGUGGCCUGGCGGAUGGAGUUCUUGCCUGGGUCUGGACGGUGGAGGGUUCCGGCGUGGGUGGUGGGGGAGAAGGAGAGGAGAGUUGUUGCUGGAGCUGGGAGUGGAGAAAGUGGUCGAUAUGAGGAUCUGAGGAGGAGACUGGAAGGGGAGGCGAUGGCUGCGUCGGCGUCGGCGAGCUCGUCGGCUGCGGGUGCGUCAGGAGAGGGAUUGGGACAGCGAAGGAGGAAUGGAGGGGCUUAGAUAUGUUCCUUGGUUACUUGUAGGUAACUAAGGGAGAUGAAAAUUUCAUUCGUGUUUUCUAGAGGGGAGUAGGCGUCAUAGAUUUUAAGGCGUUCAAAGGCAUAUUUGGGAGAAGGUAUUUGUUAUGGCCCCAUAUGCUAGUAGUAUACGAC